CACUCCGACAAUUUUUCGAAAAAUCCUCAUUUAAUCCACCAUCGAAAUGCGUAUUUUCACCGUGUUAAUAACGUACUGGUGGUCAUUUCCGGUUGGUUGCCAGGCCAGUGUGGAGGCCUGUAUUAAGCCGGCGCAUCUGCAGUAUAUCACGGGGCAGGUUGACCUUAACUGUCUGCAGAUGGCGCGGCAGGAGCGCAGCGCGGGCGGCGGUCCGCCGGCCAACUUCCCCUUCCCGGCCAAUAUGGACGCCAUCCCCAAAUCCCUGCUGGAGGUGCACGCCGACAUGCGGGAAUUAUUGGACACCGGGCGGCAGUUACGUAUGGCCAGAAAAGAUGACCAGCUGUGUACGGAAAAAGGGUGUUAUGAUUUGCCUAAUACGAUGUGCGAGACGACCUCGGACGUGGUGACGCCCAUCAACGCCACUUCCGCCACCUCGGGCGAGACGGUAUGGAUCGCGCAGUAUCCCGGCUUGUUCAUCCAGACCAUCACCUACACCAAGUGCAAGCAGUCGCGGUGUUAUUAUUUGAACGGAGCGUGCAAGCAGACCUUCAGUCCCUACCUGCUCAUAACGCACCCGCCCGGCCCGGUGUCGAUCUUCGGGCAGGACUACGUGUUGGUGGAGUCGGGCUGUACCUGCGAGCCGGAAGUCAGCGGCAACCGCUCAUUAAACAACAACAUGGAGAUGUUCCUGCCCCACAAAGGAAGCGCGUUGCAGCAUCUCUAAAGGUCACCGUGGGCGUGACCUGUUUUGUUAACUUCCGGCGUUCCUGUCCCUUGUGCCGGGCAAACACUAACUGUUUCUUCGAUUUCCUCUUGUUUUUACGUUGCCAAUGCGAUUUUGUUUUUGUAAAAGUGUAUUUGCAGAUUCUAGGUCGUUUUUUGAUUUUUAAAUUUUUCUUAUUUUCUGUUAAGCCAUAUUGAGCACAACGUGUAUAAAUUACGCCUAAAUAAAUAACAG